CCCUCUCCUCUUCUUUGAAAGUGGCGUGGCAUAGCGUAGUGUUUUGGCGUCGGUGAAAAGUCGUCAGCUGUGUCUGGCCGAAGACCGUAUUUUUUCCUGAUAUUCUCGAACAUUUUCCAUUCAUGUAGGGAAUCAGUGUGCUUCCAACAAAAUCAAUCACAAUGCAGUCGGGGGGUCCACCCGCCAGUACGGCACCAUCUGCGUCGACCAAUGCCCCACCCCCAACCCAGUCAGUGGGAGGCAUCUCUAAACCAAGUGGGAAUGUCAUCAGACCUGCUCAGCAAACUUCAUAUCAUGUGCCACGAGGAGCUGCGGCUGUUGCUAACAUUGCCAUGCCUAGACCAGCAUCACUGGCUACAGUGCGCUCUGGCCCUGCAGGAAGCCUGGUGAGCAUCAGGGGAUCCAGCAGAGCUCCAAGCCCAGCACCACAACCACCACAGCAUCAAAUUCGCACUCGGCCUGCCAGUUCACCAGCCCCUUCUGGUUCAAGACCAAUUACACCUCAAAGAUCUGAUACUCCACGCCCCCCUUUGGAGAAAUCAUUUGGAAAGAGUCCAGUUCCUCUGCAGCAGGGACGUGUGACACCACUUGUUGGUCAAAGUCGUCUAGCAGCCCCUCCUGCCCUAUCAUCUCAACCUGGAGCACCAGUUCAGAUAGUCACUCAGACGGUCGGUCAAGCUGUAACACUUUCAACCAGUCAGCCAGCUGCUCAGCCCACCAUGCAAGUCAUUACUCAAACUCAGCCUUCACUCCAGCCCACCCUUUCAAGUGUAACCUUGGCUGCUGGGGGUAAACCACGACCAAUAACCCAGGCUGGUACUGUUACAACACUUCCAACAAACCCACCUGCUGUUGUUUUGGCAACUCCCGCUCGACUUGCAUCUCCUGGUUUGAUCGGGGUGCAAACUGGCACAACUCGUCUUGCAGUUGCUACAGCUUUACCCUCUUCAGGUGCAAGGAUUGUCAGCCCAUCCGCUCGGGUGCCUCAGGGACGAACAGUCACUUAUACAAGCUCUCAUCAAGUUGCCAUGCAGGCUGGCAGAAUGCCGCCCACCCCAGUCCGUCUAGGUACCGCUGGUGCUGGCCGUGGUGUAGUCUCUCUGCAUCCAGUGCUCGGGGUGGCCCCACUCAAGCCGACCCCAACUCCUGGUUCAGCGUCAACAACAGUCACUGCAGUUUCCACUCAGUCGGUGGGGCAGGUCUCCGCCCAAGGCCCUGCCACAACCUCCACAAUCUCAUCUGUUCAGCCGCCACAGCCUUCGGCUCUGCCUUCACUCCAGCCUGCCACGUUGCGGGCCUUGCCUGGCCAAUCUAAAGUGAUGGCCUCUGCGGUGGUCACUGUGGCUGCAGUGGCAGGUGGUCCUCUUCGCUCUGUUGUAACAGCAGUUCCACCCGGAGUUGCACCGACAACAACUUUGGCUCCUGUGCCAUCUAUUUUAACCUCUCCGGCCUCAACACCUGCUCCAAAACCAGUUGCGUCUCGUCCAGUUCCUGUUGCUGGUCAGCAGGUGCGUCCUGUACAAGGCCAACCAAGUGUUUACAUUCAAACUGCACACCGAUCAUCGCCAGGUCCAGCUGGAGAGCGUAGUGGCACCUUCCCAAUCCAGCCAGCAACCUACUUCUACGAAGCUCCUGCUGGCUCGUACCAAGUGGCCAACGUUGCUCAACGCUACGCUGGCGGACCUCCAUUCAUAGUGCAGGCCACUGCUGCUCGGCCCGUUGGAACCGCUCCACACGCCAUUGCCUCUGCGCCUGGCGCUGCGGCCGCGGCUUCCAGCACGACCAGUGUGCCGGUGGCCGUGGCGACCAGUGUGGUGACCAGCGCUGGCUCGGGCAGCGCGGCGGGCACCGUGGCCAGCAUCGGCAGCAACGUGCUGAGCAGUGUGGUGAGCAACGUGGUGAGCACCGGGCAGCCGGGGCAGCCGCCGCGCUUCAACUCCAUCAUGGUGCUGGACCCGUCCCGCACGGCCCUGCCCAUCCACGCCGUCGUCCCCGCCGAAGGUGGUGUAACAGGAACAACCUACAUAGCGGCUGAUGGUAGCCUCCUCCCUGUACAAGCGUUGCCAGUUUCCGCUACAGCUGCCCAAAGUGGCUCGACCCCAAGUACACCUUCGGUUUCGCAAGCCAGCAGUCAGUCUGACUCCACGCAGACUUCCCAGCCUACACAGAUAGUCACGCAAGUGGUGUCGCAGCCUGUGACAUCCUCGACGGCGGGCCAUCUUCCGAUGCAGAUCCAGAUGGUGACCACUCCGGUUCACAUCCAGAUGCAUCCCCAAGGCCAGGCUCCCAUCUCCCAACCCCAAAUCAUUCAUUCCAGCUCUCAAAGUGCCACCGCCCACUCUUCACACGCCACCACACUGGCCCAAACGCAGCCGGCGUCGUCCGUGCCAGUGCCAUUAUCUCUGGCCAUGUCUCAGGUGCUUUCGCACUCUCAGCCGCACACCACUGUCCACCUCACCCACUCCUCACUUCACCCAAGCUCGCAGUCCCAGACUCCAGGGCCCACACCCACCACCCCCAACAAGCCCAACGCCUCACCCCGCCCCAGCAUUCUCAGGAAAAGAGAUAAUGAAGGCUCUCCAAUGAAGGCUCAGAAAAAUCUGACACCUCUGCUUCAGAGCAUGAGCUCUAUUCCUCCCUCGGGCACAGCAAGCAGUCUUCCUCCCGCUGCCAACCCGCCGUCUCCACCGUCUCCCCCCAAGCGGCCCGACUCUGGCGGACCGCAGUCCAGCGGGUCGACCACGAUCUCGGCAACGUCGUCGCCAGGCCAGGAAUCCCCUCCUGCGGGAACCAACCAGCCGCCCCCGACGGCUGCGAGCAUUACCGCGGGCCUGCAGGCCGCUGGACUGCACGGCACUGAAAUGAGUCCGCGCAAGAAGCCGCGCAAGCAGCAGCUAACGGGCAAUGAGCUUCAAGAGCACAAAAUGAGUGAUGAAGAUAUGGAAUUUCUUGCUGAAGAUAAUGGUGACGAUUUUCCUCUGAAUCAACAAGCUCAAGAGCCACAGCAACUUCAUCAACAAGUAUUACAGCAGCAACAGCAGCUGCAGCAGCAACAGCAACUGCAACAGGCUCUGCCUCCACCUCCGCCUGCCCCUAGAGAAUUCACUCUGAAGAGGCCCAACAUCUCCCUACUGAGUACCUACCGUUAUUCUUGGAAGUCCCGAAAUAAUCACUUCUUAAGGCACAGUGAUGUGAGACCAAAAGAUGAAAGGAGGCCCUCUGUAGGUGAUUUAGCUUCCCAGCGUCAUAUUUAUCAGAGGCUGAAUGGGUGGAAGGUUCACCAUUUAACGGCUCAAAUGGAAGACUUGGCCGAUGUUGAAUCAGAAGUAUGCCAGCAGUUAGAGUCUAUGUUAGGAGUGCUGCAAAAGCAGGGAAAGACAGAGCAAGAUGAAGACAAGGAUGUGAACCGUGUGAAUGAACUUAUCAAGGGCAAUAUGCAGCGAAGCCGUGUCAUUGCUGACCAGUUGACUGAAGCCAAGGCCACCGUCAUGAAAAUCUUCGAUCAUAAGCCUCAUGUAAGUGAUAUCAUUCACAGAAGCUCCGGAAAACGAGAAAGAAUAUUCAAAAAAAGAGAAAAAUCAUAGUUUAUUUAAAUAGUACAAUCGCAAAUUGUAUAAUUUUCCUGUAAAUAUCAAUCUAAUUUUUUCCUAAGUACAGAAUUAUUAAGGUGUGAAUCACUAGAUUAGUUGUCAUAACAAAAUAAAAAUAUGUAGAAAUUAAAA